GAGAAAAAUCGCCAUCAGUUUUCUCGGAGUCAAUUGUACACCGACUUGUUUCCGCGCGAUGAACAAAUGACUGCGAUUACUUUGUCAAAACGCGGAACGCCCGCGUAUUAUCCGCACUCGUGAUCGCGCGAUUACACCAGGGGAAUUCGUCGAAUAUAUGGUGGGGAAUGUGUACCGCUGAGGAGGAAGCUAAUUCAGUUCAUUCACGGUAGUACCUCCGCAAACCCGCUCUGCCUCGAUCAGACGCGCGAGUUUACCGCGUCUUCGACGCGAUGCACACGUAUCCCUCGGCGACAGAAGAUGCGACUUGGUGCGCGUUGUGAGCUGUCGCUUCGCAGGUUGAUUUAUUUAACCUUUUGAUUGUCAAGGGUGGCUGUGUAGCACACACGCGCGACGAUGUCGCUGAUGUGACAGAGUGAAUGAGUUGUAAAUUAAUUCCAAUGAUGUGUCGUUGUCCCUUCGUUCAGCGAGAAAUUUCAUCCUGCUGCGUGUUGCUUUUCGAGAAUUAUAACGGCGUUGGAGAUGCAGCAGUCUGUAUGGCAAAUAUUUUGUCGUUUCAGUACAUCAGAAUUUCGUCUCUAAUUAGGACUCGCAUUGUGUGAUCAACGAGAUAUUACGUGACGAGUAAGGAAGAACAUUUUUCACAAAUCUACGAAGUAAAUCAAAUUAAAUACACUGUGCAAGACACACUGCAAAGACACAAAUCUAUAGUGAAUUAAUGAAGCAUGUUUGCCUGCGCUAAGCCUGGUGUGAUGAACAUCACACAAAUGACAUAACGGUAUAAUUUAAACAAAAUAACAGUGUCAUUUUCACAAGUGAAAAUGUGUUUCGGCUGUGUCAUCGGCGUCACGGAGGCUGGAGGAUUCGUUGACAAAUGCAUGUUGAAAAUCCACAGAAGCGAGUCGACAUGAAUCCAUCGCGGAAGUCGAAGAGAAAAGGCGAGCCGUCGCAGCUCGUCCUAUUAAUAUCAUUAAUCAUCGCGAACGCUCGGUCCUGCGGCGCCGAGUCGAGCGGAGAGUAUCUUCAGAAGGUGAUGAUCGAGCUUCAAGAGUUAAACGUGCCGUCGAGCGCGACGAUGCACGAUCGUUUGUCGAUGAACCUCGAUUAUCGCACGGGCUACCAGAAAGACCGCGCGCAGUACAAUACACAUCGCAAACUCAACACCAACAAUGCCCGUCAGCAGCCGCAUCCGAAUGCGCGUCAGAGCGUACAGGCGCCGGCUGCAAAUCUACCCGACGAACACGCGGAUACCGCUCAGUCAGCCUCGAACAAUGUAGUUCAGUAUUACGCGAUACAGGAUCCGCCAGCCACCGCCUCCGCCGCAGCUGCCGUCAGUUACCCCAGGGUGAAGCAACAGCAGCAGCAUCACCAUCAACAGUUGUUGCAACCGGAAUCGUUGGCGGUCACACGAGCGGAGCUCGCGGCAUUGUACAAGAAGGCCUUGGAAAGAGGGUCAACGAUCAGCCUGUCGUCAUUGGCGCAAGCGUUGAACGCCGCAGGCGGCGGCGGCGGCGGCGACGGCGGCGGCAGUGGCAGCGGCACCCAUCUGCGAUUACCGCUUAAAUAUCCGAUGUAUAACUACUACUUCUUCCCGCUGAAGAGCUUCGCGUCCGAGUUGCAGAGAGAUCAUCAGGCCGCCGCGAUCGUUCCAGUAUAUGCGGCCACGGAGAGUAUGGAGAAUCCGGAGAACACACAGAAGCAGCUGAUGAAUCCGCUCUUCGUGGCGAUCGGCACUUUCAUCAGCAUGGCGCUUCUAUUCAUGAUGGGCGUGUUAUUUUUACCGAAAUUGCCGCACUUUGAGCUGUUUAACGCGCGUGUGGCCGAUGACGACUUCCAGCGUUUGACUGCCUUCGUGAUGAAUGCCAUAGACAAACACAAUAUGUUGGAGAAAUUGCAACACAGCUAGCUCUGGACUAUAUUGAGAACCACCCAGGAACCCAUGGCGAUCAGGUACAGUUGAGAUUACUGAACCAUGAUAUAUACUACUAGCCUCCGACUCUGUUUCUCCAUUCAGUUCCUCCUCAUCGUUACGUGACACAGAGGCAGCCA